UCAUCCUGCAGCCAGCAAGAACUUGCUGCUUUAAAGUCGGGGAAAAGGAGGAAAGGGACUUAGAUUCCUGGAUCUGGAAGAAAGGGAAGGCCCUGGGCCAGACUCUGAGGUCUGAGAGAGGAGGGCCUGAGGCCCAGACUCCCGGGUCCGAAGAGAGAGGACUGAGUUUUGAGCUCCCAGAUCUUGAUCAGUUCUUCCUAACCUCUCUAAAAGAAGCCAUGCAAGCCUACCAUUUCCAGGAUUUCCUGUUCCUCUUUCUCCUAGGAGUCUCCUCCUUGACCUUGGCCCAACAUUUAUAUUGUCACAAGGGUGUGUAUGUGAAUAUAGAAGAUGAUCCAGCCCAAACAUUUAACUGGACCACAGAGAAAGUUGAGACUUGUGACAAUGGAGAACUUUGCCAGGAAAGUGUAUUAAUGAUUACAGCAGGGGACAAGACAGCCGUUUUGGCCACUAAGGGCUGCUUCGCGCAAUUGAUGGAGGCAAUGACAUUCGUCCAGCACGCUCCAUCUCCUGGUUUGACUGCAGUAUCCUAUAGUAACUACUGUGAGGAUCCACUUUGCAACAGCCGACAAAGCAUGGUUGAUUUUUCGAAAACACAAAAGACAUUAGAUGCCCCGGAAGUAGAGACCGCCAGUAUGACAGCAACCCUCCAUUGCCCAACCUGUGUAGCUGUGGGGACCUGUUUAAGUGCUCCUUCUCUGCCUUGUCCCAAUGGUACAAAUCGAUGCUAUCAAGGAAAAGUUGAGCUCAGUGGAGGAAGGAUGGAAUCAUCUGUGGAGGUCAAAGGCUGUACAAGUAUAAUUGGUUGCAGGCUGAUGGCCAGAAUCUCAUCAAUCGGACCCAUGGCAGUGAAGGAAGUGUGUCCUCAUCAGUCUGUCUAUCAAUCCCGAAAGACUGAAAGUGGAGCCACUUCGCUUCUCGUUUCAGUUUGGUGUUUAGCAUUAUUACUACCAACACUGCUGCAAUCACUUAUCUAUUUUUCCUGAGAAGGCAUUCCUAUUCCUGGGUCUCAGGAAACUUUUGACAGUGAGGCUUCUGACUGCUGGUCAUCAGUUGAAGGUAGAGAUUUGAAGGGGAACAGAGAGAGAGGCUGUGGAUAUAUUUGACAUGUCUAAUAAAAUUUCCAUUGUGAUUUGUGAAUACCUCAAGACUAGAAAUGGAAUUUUAGUGCUGAAAUAAAAUUUGUCUUCAACUCAUACAUUUUCCAAACAGGAAAUAUGAGGCUUAGAA